GUAAAAGAAAAGGGAACUUCACUCGCUUGAUGGCCAUUGAAAGACAGGAGCAGUGAGCUGAGGCCCGGAGGCUCCCUGGGAGGUGGUGUUCUUUAUGCCCAGGACGUGCUGAACACGCGUUGGGAUGAGGUACCUUCUCCAAUAUGUCGCGUGUUUCUUCGCCUUCUUCUCUGCUGGGUUUUUGAUAGCAGCCACCUGGACAGACUGCUGGAUGGUGAACGCUGACGACUCCCUGGAGGUGAGCACGAAGUGCCGUGGUCUGUGGUGGGAAUGCGUCACCAACGUGUUCGAUGGGAUUCAAACCUGUGACGAGUAUGACUCUAUAUUUGCCGAGCACCCCUUGAAGCUGGUGCUGACCAGAGCCAUGAUGAUCACAGCAGACAUCCUGGCGGGGUUUGGAUUCGCUUUCCUGAUCCUGGGACUUGACUGUGUCAAAUUCCUCACGGACGAGCCCACCAUCAAGCUGCGCAUCUGUCUCGUGUCUGGAGUUACGUUGCUCAUAGCAGGCUUCCCGGGCCUUAUUGGCUCAGUAUGGUAUGCCCUCGGGGUGUACGUGGAGCGCUCCACCCUGGUUUUGCACAAUGUGUUUCUUGGCAUCCAGUAUAAGUUUGGCUGGUCUUGUUGGCUCGGAAUGGCUGGGUCCCUGGGCUGCUUCUUAUCUGGGGCUGUGCUCACCUGCUGCAUGUAUCUCUUCCGAGAUGUUGGCUCUGGGAGGUUCUAUCCCCCCAAUUCCUUCAGGAAGAUGUAUUCCCCAGCUGGAACGACUGUGGCAAACACAUACUAUCCAUCGUCUCAGACAGCGACUGCCAAAAUGUACGCAAUGGACACCAGAGUGUGAGGAACAGCAAAUGAGGAGACUAGAGCUCUGCUUUUAUUUUGAACUGCUUAUUCAGAGGCCUGGCCUCCAGCGUUUGUGAGGGGGAUCCUCACAGAUACGUGUAGAAUGGCUUGAAAUAAAAUCAUCACCUUCAGCAACAAGGCAAGAAAGCAGCUGCCAGGAAGGAUCACGAAUGCAGGACUCCCACUGAGUUGCAUUCUGAGAGGUGCUAAGCACCAGCUGAGUUCCAUUCAUCUUGCUGUUCAGCCUCAGUCAAAAUUUGGCCCAUUGACUUCACUGUGAGUUGAAAGAAAUCAGCUGUUUGCAGGAGUGGGCACCUACCGUGUUGUAUAAAGAAACCAAAACACGAAGGGGGCGGUGGGACUCACAGAGCUAAUCCAUGUGUGAUAAGGCGCUGACAGACCAGGGAGACCACACAUAUGGGCCUCCGCUGAAAGGCGGCUGGGCCGCCAGGUCAACAUCUGGAAUCCAUGUAGUCAGGACGUAGGCGUGUCCUCUCGAGAGCAACAACAGAUCGGUAGAGAAGGGAACGGGCUGUACUAACCUGCACCCUCCCCUGCUGUCUGUGCCUUAGGCUCGCCCACAAAUCACCAGCUGGAGAAAACGCGGUAUGGGCAGAUGCGUUCUGCCCUGCGAAAUGAGUAGCUGAUCAGGCAACCCAUUUGGGAUUCUCUGUUGCCCAGCUCUGGAAAUCCUAAUUCAGUACUUAACCAUUCCCUUCCUGAGUCAGACAAGGACAGAUUGGGUGAGGAUGCAGAACUGGCCUUGUCUCAUGAUGAAUGGAUUAACUAGGAGCUGAUAUAACUGACUGUAAAAUCCCUUUGACCGGAACCCCCUUUAAAUCAAAACACUUUCUUAUCCAAUUCAGAGCUAUUUUACCGGGCAUGAAAUCUACAGCCCUUACGUAGCUCUUGGGUAGGCUAGAAUGUAGGCCUUUUCUUCAUUAGGAAAAAAAAUUGUGUUUUUAACAAAUUAGCUAACAAAAGCUAAAACCCCAGUGUAGACAGGGCAAUUUUCAACAUGUUUGCUGGUAGCCACAGACCGUGGGUGGGAGUCUCAAGUUUAACUCACCCAGUUUAGCAUGUGUUAAGUCGACACUCCUUGUCUAGACAAGCGUUUUAGAACAGGUUAGUUAGCAUAGCUUAGCUAAUGUGGCAGCAAUGCAUUUUUAUCCCCAUCUAGCCGAGAUGCUAGGCACUUCCCGGUACUAUUGGAAUGGCUCUCUUGGAUUCAAGGGACAGGAUGAGUGUCCUUUAGGUGUAUAAAUGCAGGUGCUUUAUGAAAAAUAGAUAUUGUUUGUAAAUAACCUCUUUGAUUAGUUUAUUUCCUUCCCUGUAAAUAGAUACUGAUUUCCGAUUGCAGCACACCCAAUAAAAUGGUCUUAUAAUAAAAUAGUUAAAUCUGUAUUACCCAUUUUGUCUGUAAUAUUUCACCCUCUUGUUACUUUCCUCAGCCUCAG